CAAAAGUAUAUUUCCCUUGUUUGUUUUAUAUAUUAAAGUAUAACAUUGAAUAACAUUUGGUUGUCUAAGUUGAACGAAAACCAGAGUAGAUGGAUAACACAAAUUGUGGGUCAGUUAUAAGUCAUGUCAUGCAGAAGAAGAUGAGACAGAGUGACUCCAACGCGACAGAAGGGCGCGUGAGGAAGCUCCACACUUCAUUUGAUGCAGUGGCCAAUCAGAUCCCAAUGCUGUGUGAAUGUGAGUGUGAGAAUAGGACAGGAACUUUCCCACUCAGAUGAUGCCAUCAGAAUCAUCCUUAACUUAGGUCCCCCUUUGACAUUUUCACAAUGUCAAUGGAAAAGCCAAUACCAACUAAGCAAUCAAAGCAUAUAUCUGUCUAACUCCCCCAACCCCUACAAAGUUCCACUUUCACAUAUAAUCUCUCUCACUCUUUUCAAAUUUUCAAGUAUAAAUAAUUAAUUGCCGAACUCAGUCAGUACUCCACCAACCCCUCUCGCUUCUUCCUCUUGCCUUUCUCUUUCCAUUCACCCAAAAGUCAGCGCCAUAUCUUCUUCCUCUCUCAGCAAGAAACAAAACUUACACUUAUUUUUAUCACCAUACAUAUAUCUAAAAUGGAUGAGGACUGGGAUCUCUUUGCCGUCGUCAGAAGCUGCCAAUCAACUAACAAUACUUCCACCACAGCAAUUCCAGAAACCACCACCAAUACUACUUCAUCUUCUCUCCUCACUUCCCUUCUCAAGGAAGACAGAUACGAUGCAUUUUCCUUUCCCAAUACAAUCCAACCCAUAACAAAUGAAUUUCACCAGUUACACCAAUUCUUUUCACCCUUUAACCCCACCACCACCAACGCCACUACCCUCAGUGCUCCUCGCAUCAAUCCUAAUUCCCCUUAUUUUGCCCAACAGGAAACCCAGCAAAUCAGUGAUCACCUUCCCAUUUUGCCUCAUUUUCUGCCAGAACCCUCCACUCCCAGUUUUAAUAGAUUCCCUGACCAUCAACAACAGCAACAGAAUCAACUACAGUUACUUCAGAAACAGGAAUUUCAUACAUCCCAGAACAAUUCACCCACAGUUUCACCCAACACACAACCUCAAACACCCAAAUCAAGAAAAAGAAAAAGCCAACAGAAGAAAAUGGUGUGCCAGGUAACCGCAGAUAAACUCUCAGCAGAUUUGUGGGCAUGGCGAAAAUACGGACAAAAACCAAUUAAGGGUUCUCCGUAUCCAAGGAAUUACUAUAGAUGUAGCAGCUCCAAAGGUUGUAUGGCUCGAAAACAAGUUGAACGGAGUAACACCGAAACCGAUGUGUUCAUUGUUACGUACACCGGAGACCACUCGCAUCCCCGGCCAACCCACCGGAACUCGCUCGCCGGAAGUACCCGAAGUAAAAAUCCGACGACGAAUCCGCCGCCUUUAUCCGGGUCACUCUCCUUCCAAUCCGCCCCCUUUUCUUCUUCUUCUUCUUCUUCUCCACCACUCUCUCCAACGUCGCCGUCGGAAGAUCCACCGGAAGCCGGCGAUGUUGAACCUGACCUGGACAUGGAAACCGACAUGGACGAUGACGGUGACAUCCGAUGACCCCAUCACUGCCUUCUUGAGCAACAAGUUUUGCAUCGAAGUGACGUCGUCUCUUACUCUGGCUCGAAGAACAAAACCUGUUUGGUUUUGACUUAUUGCAAACGGGUUUCAAAUCAUGCGCUGUUCGGAUCUCCUGGACCGGUUUCAGUUCACGUGAUUGCGCCUUUGAAUUAUUACCUUCAUGGAUGACCGUAGGAUCAUAAUUGAGUGUGGAUAGUCUGAUUCUAAUCCUUCAAAUCGAAGCCGUCACAGUUGGAUCUUUGGCGUAGUUUAGUUCCUCGAGAAUCUGCCACCUAAGAUGAGCCACGUGGGUAAUCUCAGGCCUAGUA